CCCGGAGUCGCUGUUGGGAGUCUGUCUCUCCGCGGGUUCCUUUCCCCGCAGAUCUUGUUCUCGGUCGCUCGCGGUUCGCCGCCCCGCUAAGUCGCCGCGAUGCCGGUGUUUCAUACACGCACGAUUGAGAGCAUCUUGGAGCCGGUGGCGCAGCAGAUCUCGCACCUGGUGAUUAUGCACGAGGAGGGCGAGGUGGACGGCAAAGCCAUUCCUGACCUCACGGCGCCCGUGGCUGCGGUGCAAGCGGCGGUCAGCAACCUAGUCCGGGUUGGAAAAGAGACUGUUCAGACCACCGAGGAUCAGAUUUUGAAGAGAGAUAUGCCACCGGCAUUUAUUAAGGUCGAGAAUGCUUGCACCAAGCUUGUUCAGGCAGCGCAGAUGCUUCAGUCAGACCCUUACUCAGUGCCUGCUCGAGAUUAUCUCAUCGAUGGGUCAAGGGGCAUCCUUUCUGGCACAUCAGACCUGCUUCUUACCUUUGAUGAGGCUGAGGUUCGGAAAAUCAUUCGUGUUUGCAAAGGCAUCUUGGAAUAUCUUACAGUGGCAGAGGUAGUGGAGACUAUGGAAGAUUUGGUCACUUAUACAAAGAAUCUUGGGCCAGGAAUGACUAAGAUGGCCAAGAUGAUUGAUGAGAGACAGCAGGAGCUGACUCACCAGGAGCAUCGAGUGAUGCUGGUGAACUCGAUGAAUACUGUGAAAGAGUUGCUUCCAGUUCUCAUUUCAGCUAUGAAGAUUUUUGUAACAACUAAAAACUCAAAAAACCAAGGAAUAGAAGAAGCUUUGAAAAAUCGCAAUUUUACUGUAGAAAAGAUGAGUGCUGAAAUUAAUGAGAUCAUUCGUGUCUUACAACUCACUUCUUGGGAUGAAGAUGCCUGGGCCAGCAAGGACACUGAAGCCAUGAAGAGAGCACUAGCCUCCAUAGACUCUAAACUGAACCAGGCCAAAGGUUGGCUUCGGGACCCCAAUGCCAACCCAGGGGAUGCUGGUGAGCAAGCCAUCAGGCAGAUCUUAGAUGAAGCUGGCAAAGUUGGUGAACUUUGUGCAGGCAAGGAACGCAGGGAGAUCCUGGGAACCUGCAAGAUGCUGGGGCAGAUGACUGAUCAAGUGGCUGACCUCCGAGCCAGAGGACAAGGAGCCUCACCUGUGGCCAUGCAGAAAGCCCAGCAGGUAUCUCAAGGACUGGAUGUGCUUACAGCGAAGGUAGAAAAUGCAGCUCGCAAGCUGGAAGCCAUGACAAACUCAAAGCAGAGUAUUGCGAAGAAGAUCGAUGCUGCUCAGAAUUGGCUUGCAGAUCCAAAUGGUGGACCUGAAGGGGAAGAACAGAUUCGAGGGGCUUUGGCUGAAGCUCGGAAAAUAGCAGAAUUGUGUGAUGAUCCAAAAGAGAGAGAUGACAUUCUGCGUUCCCUUGGAGAAAUAGCUGCUCUGACUUCGAAAUUAGCAGAUUUAAGAAGACAGGGUAAAGGAGAUUCCCCAGAGGCUCGAGCACUGGCCAAACAGGUAGCCACUGCCUUGCAGAACCUGCAGUCCAAAACCAACAGGGCUGUGGCCAACAGCAGACCUGCCAAGGCAGCUGUCCACCUGGAGGGCAAGAUUGAGCAAGCUCAGCGGUGGAUUGACAAUCCCACAGUGGACGACCGGGGAGUAGGCCAGGCUGCCAUCCGGGGGCUUGUAGCUGAAGGACAUCGUCUGGCUAAUGUUAUGAUGGGACCUUAUCGGCAAGAUCUUCUGGCUAAGUGUGACCGUGUGGAUCAGCUGACAGCUCAGUUGGCUGACCUGGCUGCCCGAGGGGAAGGGGAGAGUCCUCAGGCCAGAGCACUUGCAUCACAGCUUCAAGACUCCUUAAAGGAUCUGAAAGCCCAGAUGCAAGAAGCCAUGACUCAGGAGGUGUCAGAUGUUUUCAGUGAUACCACGACUCCCAUCAAGCUAUUGGCAGUGGCGGCCACUGCCCCUCCUGAUACUCCCAAUAGGGAGGAGGUAUUUGAUGAGAGAGCAGCAAACUUUGAGAACCAUUCAGGAAGGCUUGGAGCCACAGCAGAGAAGGCGGCUGCUGUUGGUACUGCUAACAAAUCAACAGUGGAAGGCAUUCAGGCGUCAGUGAAGACGGCCCGAGAACUCACACCCCAGGUUGUAUCUGCUGCUCGCAUCUUACUUAGGAACCCUGGAAAUCAAGCUGCUUAUGAACAUUUUGAGACUAUGAAGAACCAGUGGAUUGAUAAUGUUGAAAAAAUGACAGGGCUGGUGGACGAAGCAAUUGAUACCAAAUCUCUCUUGGAUGCUUCUGAAGAAGCAAUCAAAAAGGACCUGGACAAGUGUAAGGUAGCUAUGGCCAACAUUCAGCCGCAGAUGCUGGUCGCUGGAGCAACCAGUAUCGCUCGUCGGGCCAACCGAAUCCUGCUGGUUGCUAAGAGGGAGGUAGAGAACUCUGAAGAUCCCAAGUUCCGUGAGGCUGUCAAAGCCGCCUCUGAUGAACUGAGCAAAACCAUCUCCCCGAUGGUGCUGGAUGCAAAGGCUGUGGCUGGAAACAUCUCUGACCCUGGCCUGCAAAAGAGCUUCCUGGACUCAGGAUAUCGGAUCCUGGGAGCUGUGGCCAAGGUCAGAGAAGCUUUCCAACCUCAGGAGCCUGACUUCCCGCCGCCUCCACCAGACCUUGAACAGCUCCGUCUAACAGAUGAGCUUGCUCCUCCCAAACCACCACUGCCUGAGGGUGAGGUCCCUCCACCCAGGCCCCCACCUCCAGAGGAAAAGGAUGAAGAGUUCCCUGAGCAGAAAGCCGGGGAGGUGAUUAACCAGCCAAUGAUGAUGGCUGCCAGGCAGCUCCAUGAUGAAGCUCGCAAAUGGUCCAGCAAGCCGGGUGUCCCAGCCACUAAGGUGGGUAUAGGAGUUGUAGCUGAGGCAGAUGUGGCUGAUGCUGUUGGGUUCCCUGUCCCCUCUGACAUGGAAGAUGAUUACGAACCUGAGCUGCUGUUAAUGCCAUCUAAUCAGCCAGUCAACCAGCCCAUUCUGGCCGCGGCUCAGUCCUUGCAUCGGGAAGCUACCAAGUGGUCUAGUAAGGGCAAUGACAUCAUUGCAGCAGCCAAGCGCAUGGCUCUACUGAUGGCUGAGAUGUCUCGGCUUGUGAGAGGGGGCAGUGGUACCAAGCGGGCACUUAUUCAGUGUGCCAAGGACAUCGCCAAGGCCUCAGAUGAGGUCACUCGGUUGGCCAAGGAGGUUGCCAAGCAGUGCACAGAUAAGCGGAUUAGAACCAAUCUCUUGCAGGUAUGUGAGCGAAUCCCAACUAUAAGUACCCAGCUGAAAAUCCUGUCUACAGUGAAGGCCACCAUGCUGGGCCGGACCAACAUCAGUGAUGAGGAAUCUGAACAGGCCACGGAGAUGCUGGUUCACAAUGCCCAGAACCUUAUGCAGUCUGUGAAAGAGACUGUGCGAGAGGCAGAGGCUGCUUCAAUCAAAAUCCGAACAGAUGCUGGAUUUACACUGCGCUGGGUCAGAAAGACUCCUUGGUACCAGUAGGCACCUAGCCAAACCUGGCUGUACAGAAACCCCAACUAAACAGGAGAAUAAUCUGAAUUCCAGAUGUCAUAAUGAAUUGCUGGGGAUCAAAAGCCACAUCCUAGCCAGAAAGAAAUGGGGGCCCUCUUUAUAUUAGAAAACAUUUAUAUACUUUUGUCAGGCACACUUUGAAGCAGGUUUCCAUGUAUACCCUGUAUUCCCAAACACAGUUAUAGUUGUACACACACUCUCCCAAUAGGCAAACUAUUCUAGAAAGCCCAUGAACUUUAUGUAAACUAGGAACCUCAGAUGAACACUAGCCAGAAACUCUGUUCUAUCCCUACUCAUUAUGGGACAUUUCCUUCUGUUUCCCAUUCACCGGCUCUCAUUUUCCUAAGUUUCCAAGCAAGGGAACAGCAAGUCAGUUAAGAAAAUCACUGUGCCUCCAGAAAUUGUUUUAGGUUUUCUAUGUUGUUGCCGACCUUGCCUGUUUUCCUUAGGCUGUGCUACCUUCUUCCUUUUCAAAAGUAAGCUUCACAGCUACAGGAAAAGGUGGCCUCUGGGGAGUCUGGCAUAUAUGGCCUGGAUUCAUUGCCUAUUCUUCCAAAUUUAAUCCUUUUAGUUUCCCACUAGAAUAAUACCUGAUUUCACUGUCAGGAGGAAAUCCCAGAAUCACAGGAUUCUGUUUUUUACCAAGUCUGUGAGCAAUGUCUGUAUUAGGGAAAUUUCCAGUCCCAUCUCCUUCCAAGGUAACUGUCUCACAAACACUUUGUUUCUGGUGCUCUCUGCCACUGGAGGGGCAGAGGAGCUAAGGGUAUGGUUGUGCCCAUCCUCCCAGAGGGCCACUCCCGGUGCUCCAUGCUUUGUCACUGCCUGCAGAGGCCUGAGCUGAGGCCUUACCAUUCAUUCUUAGCUCUUAACUUUUUCCACCCCCUUUUUCCUGAGCUGAAAUGCUGCAUUUAAUUUUUAACCAAAUCAUGGUAUAUAUCUUAGGCCUUUGUUGUUGUCUUCCACUAUCCCUUACUAAAUAAGCUUUUAAGGACACAUAGGUGUGUGCUUGUUUUUUUUUUUUAUUUUUUUUUGAGAUGGGGGUCUUACAUGUUGCCUGUGUGGAUCUUGCACUCUUGUACCCAAGUGAUUCUCCUGAGUCAGCCUCCCAAAUAACUGGGACUACAGGUUCACACUACCCAUUCCUAGCUUUGUAAUUUAAAAGAUUCUUUCUCUUUUUGAAAUUCAGCCCUAAGAAUUAGUGCUUGGUCUCCAAGAGUAUUUAAUGGAAAUGCAACCUUUUUUUGAAGGACACUUCCUAUCUAAGAGACAGUGGUAUUUGCAGACUAGAAUUCUGGUGCUCCUGUAGAUAAUGGGAAAUGCUCUCCUUAGCUCCUACCUCCCUUCAACCAACUAAAAGCUGAGCCCCUAAAUAUGAUUGUUCAAGAGAAUGAGUUUUUCUCCUAAAAACAAGUGUUCAAGAGGAUAAUGAGUUCAUUUUAAUUAUCACUAUAGUAGUUUCCUAUUAGGCAACAUCAGAUAGAAGGCAACUUUUCCUUUUCUUGCACUAUCAGUGCUGUCUAAGCAUUCCCUAGCACAUAAAAUCGUAUUUAUUCCCAAACUCAGAACCAAAUGGUUCCUUCCUCUGCCCAAUGUGUUAAGAUUCCAACACUGAAUGUGUAAAUCCUGUCUUAAGUUGGUCCUAUACACUUGGGCAUCCUCUAUUUUCUUUUAACUAUUUUUUUCCAAGGCCCUCAGCAUAUGUUUAUAGUUGCUUACCUGACAUAAAUGCAAUAUUAAUGCCUUUAAAGUAUGAAUCUAUGCCAAAGAUCACCUUUUGUUUUACUAAAGAUUACUUAGAGGAAAUAAGGAAAUCAUUUGCUCUCCAUGUUCUUCCAGUGUUUUAAAACACUGGUUUACACUUUAUGCCAGAUGUGCUUUCUCCAAUAACAGUGCUCAAGACACAGUGAAGCAAAAAAAAAAAAAAAAAGCCCCUGAAUGAUGACUUUGAGAUAUCACCACUAAAAAGAACUAUAUGUAUAACCUAGGAUUUGUUAUAUGAAAAUAUUUUCUGCCUCUUCUUUUGUUCUGUUUAAAACAAUAAAAUGCAUUUAUAUAAAUAAUGCUCUAAAUGGGUAUUAUUUUAGCAAGACCUCUUAAGCCUAUUUUUCCUUUGCUUUUAAAGAUUAACCAAUGAAACUAAUUCUCAAGAUCUGCAACUAAAGAUUUUUAUUUUAUCUAAUUAGAAGACCAAAUGGAACUAUGUUAUAAAGGACAGCUUUGGGGAUUAUACACUAAGAGUAGAGGUGACACAGGUUCAGUGGGCAGAAAGCAGCUGAUCAUCCUGGUUGAAGAAGUCUUUCAUCUUACAAGAUUCUAGCUAAUAUUGGAGAGCAUCAUUGUCUUCUAAAAGCUUAAGCUGUGAAAUGUGGAAGACCAUUAGAAGACCAUUUUAUUGUUAAUAUUAUUAUUAUUAUUCCAAAACACAGUACAGAGCAAUAAGGUUGUUAAGAAAUUACCAGGGUUUUGAGACAGAGGUUGCUUUGGGGGAUAUAUUCCUCUUCUUGUUUAAGGAAGCACCAAGUAACACAUUAGGAACAGGUUUUUGGAUAAAGUGGGAAAGCAUUGUUUUUGCCUGAUUUUCUAGAUCUGAAAAGAUAUCAUUGAAGGUGUUGUCAACUGCAACUACUAGUAUUUUGCUUAGAAAAAUUGCCACCUGUGUCUAAGGCUACUGAAUUAGCUCAGCAACUUGAGGCUGCUUUUUUUUUUUUUUUUUCUAUUUAUCCCAUUUGUGUUAAAUGGUGCUUCCUUCCUGUUGUGUUACAGUACUUCCUCAAAUCAUUUGUUUCUAAGGACAAGGCUAGCAUAUUUCAAGGUUUUCAACAGAAUCAUUUAAGGAUUGAACCUAUCAGGCGAACUUUCCCUUUGGAUAAAAUGAUGGGGACUCUUUCAUGCAGAAAAACAUUUCAUUUGUUCUUAAAAUCUCUUUAAGAAUUUAGUUAGACUAAAGGGACUAUUCUGAGAUUAACUAGAAUUCUGUACUUGAAAAAUAUUCUAAUGACUAUUCUUGGACCCAUAUUGGUAGGUGGUAGUAAAAAUAGUAGUUUUGGUCACUUACCAAUUCAACUGUGGCCAGACAAGUGAUGUUUAAAGUAUAAAUGGCUGUGAACACACCAAUUUGAGGAGAAAAGCAAUUGGACAAGCUUUGAAGAAGCUCUCAUUUCUUAUGGUAGCACAGAGGAAUCUGAUAACUGUUCAGCAUGCACUAACACUGAGGUUUAAAACUGUUCAAUCAAAAAUCAAGCUAAAAAAAUCAAUUUGUUAUUUUGAUCUAUUUUAUUGACAGUAUAGCCAGAACUAGGGAAAGGACUUACUGGAUUAUAUAAUAAAUACAAUAACUUAAUUGUAAAAGGAAACUGUGUCUACUUGGAAGUUUUAGAAGAAAUUGCUGGAGGCAAGGGACUAUUGGUAUACAUUCUUGGGUAUAAGAGAAGAUACAGCACAGGAAGAAAAUAAAUUGGACAGUCCAGAUUAUGGAUAACUGAGAUCAGGGAUUCUGUAGAAAGAAAAGCAAAU